CGAGAAGCUAUCAGGGAAGGAGGGCGACACUCUCGUAAGCUCCACGCAUUUUUCACGGAUAGCCUUGCUUGUUCAAUAUCUUUCACUGUGCUGCUGCAAGUUGAGGAUGCGGGUUACCAUGGCAACCUUAUGGUCGAUAAGUGGCUCCUUGAUGUUCGAGAAGUUCUAGUUGUGACAGUUCGGUUGUGUAGACAUGAAGACAGAAAGUCUUUAUUCCUGUUUAUUGAGAUAUAUAUUAUCGUGCCUCUAUUAGACUUUACUAACUGGUGACUGUGUUUAAUGAAAUAAUUUUAAGUCAGAAUAUAAAUUAACUUUCAUGAAGUUCAAAAGAGUGCAUGUUCCGAAGGUGCGGCCGCUUAUGAGAAGAUCUUUAAAGCGUGCACUGCGACUGAUGCCUUCAAUGUUACUUCUUCUCUUCGUCUUUUGUCUGAUUGUUGUAACUCUUCUUCAGAUUGCUGUUAUCCAUGUGCACAGACGCGCACAGUACGUACCGAAAGAGCAGAGUGUUCCCGUAAAUACACUUUCUCCUGUACAGAACAAAGUGAAACCAACAAAUGUUGUUGUUAAAAUACCUAAGCCAACUCGGAAGCGGCAAGAAUCAAUGAGGAUAGCCGCUAUCUUGGACAACAAAGCUCCGUCCAUCAGUAAUAACAAGCUGAUUCUUCAAACACAUACAAAUAUGGCCCGGUUACUACAGAUCGUACACUUAAUAUCAUCUAAGAGAAACCAUCAAAUCAGGACGUCAAAAACAAAAGAAAGCAGUUUCGAAAAGAAACUGGUAUUCAAAGAGAAUAAAAUUACAAACCAGACAAAAAAAAGGUCUCACCUAGGUAAUUCAUUAAAAUAUAUAAAUGUGUUGGGCAACUCAAAAAAGAAAACAACUCUCAACGUAAAUCCGAAAGAAGGUCCAUUCGGUUUAAAAUCUGCAACUAUAUUGUGCUCUGCUGUGCCUUCUGGUAUAGUUGGAAGAAUGAACUUAACACUUGCAGCUCCAACGAAAGAAAACAUCUUUAGAAUUGUUUCCCAGCUUCAACCAGGUGGUGCUUGGUCUCCGUAUUCUUGCAAAUCACGUCAUCGUGUAGCCAUCAUCAUUCCUUUUCGAGACAGACAUGAGCACUUGAUGAUUUUGCUCUACCACCUACACCCCCUUCUUCAACAGCAGCUAUUAAAUUAUAAGAUUUAUGUUGUUGAACAAUACGGAAAUGGAACGUUUAAUAAGGGCGUCCUAAUGAACGCAGGAGUUCGAGAAUCACUGAAGGAAGCCGCUUAUCACUGUUAUGUCUUCCAUGACGUGGACAUGAUCCCAGAGGACGACCGGAACAUGUACUCUUGUCCCCAGUUUCCGCGGCACUUGUCUGUUGCUGUUGAUAAAUUUAAUUAUACGUUACCUUAUACCUAUCUCGUUGGCGGAGUGUUUGCUCUAAAAACAAAUCAUUUUAUACAAGUUAAUGGCUAUUCUAACCUUUAUUGGGGCUGGGGUGGUGAAGAUGACGACAUAGCACAUCGCUUAAAGAAACAAAAGCUGGAAAUUAUUCGACCUCCUGAAUCAAUAGGAAGAUAUACCAUGAUAAAACACACCCAUAGGCCUGAAUCGCCAAAUGUAAUCAGGAGGGCGCUUUUGCGCAUGGCCCAGAGAAGACUAACGAAAGAUGGGCUAAACAGUGUUAAAUACAGUGUGGUGUAUAUAAAUAAGUUACCGCUCUACACUCAUAUUAUGGUUGACAUCGGACAAAAUCAUAAGUGGCGUUUUGAAGGAGGAAGACGUGUUAUAAUAUCAUUCUAAGAUAAGAAACCUUGGAAUCCGUGAUGAUUGUAAAAUAAAGGAUAGCUUUAUUAUUUUAUACUUCCAUUUUCAAACUCAGGUGCUGGUCUUCAGUAUAUUGAAUGAACUUUGAUCUUAUUACUUGGACGCCAUUCAAUAAAUGUCGAACAAAUCAAAAUGUUCAUCUUCUGUGCUUGAGUCGAAAUUCAUAUUAUAUUUUCAAUUAAAGAUUAUAGAAAAAAUUCAUCUAAAUAAUAAUAAUGAAAAGAAAACCAACUGGAAGUUUUGCAGAACAAGCUCACUUUGAGAAAGCUCACGUAUGUCUAAUAAAAUAAUAAUUUCU